AAAGAAAUACAUCGUAUCCUCCAAUCCUCUUCUAAAUUGCUAAAAAAUAAAGAUAUGGAUCGGCAGAGCUGGCACGGCCAAGAUAGCAGAACUAACGCACUUGAAAAAAUUGAUACUAUUAUAUCGGAUCAUACUGAUGAUAAGAUCACCUCUAUACCUGAGGAAUCAGUGAUUCGAAGCUAUGCCUUACUACCAGAAGUCGAUACCGAGAUUAUUCCCAAG